AUGGCGUCAACCACCAAUCGUAAACUCCAAUCGUCAACCACCAAACGUCUACCACCAAUCGUCAACCACCGAUCGUCAACCACCGAUCGUCAACCACCGAUCGUCAACCACCAAUCCUCAACCACCAAUCGUCUACCACCAAUCGUCAACCACCGAUCGUCAACCACCAAUCCUCAACCACCAACCGUCAACCACCAAUCGUCUACCACUGAUCGUCAACCACUAACCAUCAACCACCAAUCGUCAACCACCAACCGUCAACCACCAAUCGUCUACCACCAAUCGUCAACCACCAAUCGUCAACCACCGAUCGUCAACCACCAAUCCUCAACCACCAACCGUCAACCACCAAUCGUCUACCACCAAUCGUCUACCACCAACCGUCAACCACCAACCGUCUACCACCAACCAUCAUCCACAAAUCGUCUACCACCAAUCGUAAACCACCAAUCGUCUACCACCAACCGUCAACCACCAAUCGUCAACCACCGAUCGUCAACCACCGAUCGUCAACCACCAAUCGUCAACCACCAAUCGUCAACCACAAACCGUCAACCACCGACUAUCUCCCACCAAACGCCAACCACCAAACGUCAACCACCAAUCGUCAACCACCAAUCGUCUACCACCAAUCCUCAACCACCAACCAUCAACCACCAACCAUCAACCACCAAUCGUCAACCACCAAUCGUCAACCACCAACGAUCAACCACCAACCAUCAACCACCAACCAUCAACCACCAACCGUCAACCACCGACUAUCUCCCACCAAACGUCAACCACCAAACGUCAACCACCAAUCGUCAACCACCAAUCGUCAACCAUCAACCACCAACCGUCAACCACUAA